AUGGUACGGUCGCUAGUGCAGGUCAUGAAUCUGGUGCUCGAUAUAGUUGGUUUUGAUGACUUUCCCACUUUGGAAUUGGCGGGAACGGUUGCAAGGGGCUCGCUCUUUCCCUCCAAAACUGCGGCCGAGACGUUCCAAUUUCUGAAACUACCCUCAUUCCCGAUCCCCGAUCUCCAUCCAUCGGAGACGAAAGGGAGAAGACAGGCAGCCCAGGCGGCGCCGGUUGAGAAGAAGAUGGAUCGGCGCAGCGGGAGCAAGCGCAAGGAGGCCCGGACUGCCGCUGGCUCUGGCUCCAGCGGCGGCGACCGCAUCACCGCGCUGCCGCUCGAGCUCCGGGCGCAGAUCGCCUCCCUCCUCUCGUUCGAUGAGACCGUGCAGCUGACGGUGCUGUCCCGGGCGUGGCGCCACAUCCACCUCCACACGCCCGUCGUCGAGAUCUACCUCAACGCAUUCCUCUCCUUCCGGGACAUCUACUUCGACGAGGCGCAGUCCGUCCGCGGCCUUCUGGACGAGGACUCGAUCCUGGCCGUCCGCGUCGCGCUCGGCCGCCGCGCGCUCGAGGCGUCCUCGUCCAAGGUGGACACCCUCCGGCUCGUCUCCGACAUCGACGACCCCCGCAUGAGGCGCCACGCCGCCCGCAUCAUCGCGCUCGCCGACGCGCGCGUGAUCCGCUUCCUGGCACCCUUCGUCGUCCGCGGUGCCGACGAGCGGAACGCAUGGACGCUCGACCUGCCCCCGGCGGCGCGCGAGCUGGAGGUCGUCACGAGGAUGCACCUCGCGCCCGCCAUCGCCGGGCCAGGCGCCGCCGCCCUGCGGAAGCUCCGCCUCGACUACGCGGUGCUCGGCGAGUGGCCGCGCCUCCCGUCCCUGGUCUCCCUGGACCUCAACAGCGUUACCGUGGAGGCCCCGUUCGCACCGGGCGCCUGGUGCCCGCUUCUCGACGAGCUGGACCUGUUCUGCUGCCAGUUCAGACAAGCCCGCGUCGACAUCCGGCUGCCGCGGCUCAGGUUCCUUGACCUGGAUUCCGUCGACGUCGCACCGCGCGGCCGUGCCACCGAGGCGCCGUACGGAGUCAUCACCAUCGACGCACCGGAGCUGAUAGAGUUCGAAAUUGACUGUGGAGCUGGAGCCACCACAGACUACAAAUCAUUCUCGCUGCGUGCGCCGAGGCUGCGUCUCUUGGGAUGGCGCAACCAGUACGCUGAGCGCAUCGUCAUCGACGUCGGCAGGCCGGGCAGCGUCAAGUUGGGUGGAAUCAGGUUGAUGUCGAUCUACUCACGCGGGAUGAUGUAUUACAGGGAGCAGAUGAUGCGAAUGCUGCAGGGGCUACUCCCCAACAUCCCACCGGAAAACCUUGACGACGUUGCAGAGCCUUAUUUGACGCUGGGAGACUGGUCUGACGAUGACGAACCCAAGCACGAGAAUGAGAAGCAGCUCACCUGCAACCUCAGAGGCCUCAUCAUGUCACAUGGUAUAUGAUUCCUAGAAUGGAGUCAAGUUUCGACCAUACAUCGCUAGCGCUAUCAUCUUAUUAUUAGUUUGUUUUGAUCAACAUUUGUGUCAUGAUCUGUGAUUGAAUGAACAAACCUUUACGCGUUCGUCUGUGAUGAAUGAACGUUAUCCUUUGUCUGAUGUCUUGAAAAACAUUUCAGAAGUUGGAACUGCUGAUUUCAGCCUUGUUGAAGACUUUGUUAAUUCUGUUA